AAACGAUCCGACUUUAGAAGCUUCAAGCCCAGCAGUUUGGGUUAUUACGAGUUCUGGAAGUUAUAAAAUCGAAGAAGAAAAAUGGAAUACGAAACGUAAACGAGGAAAUUAUUAUCAUGAAUAGUGGUCGGAGUCAGUCAGUAAAAGGAGAAACGAAAUGUUAAUCGAGAAUGAAAUUAAAGACCAGGACAUCCUGAUUCAGCACGAAUCACUCAUCAACGAACAGAAGCCAUGUAAGAAAGCGCCACAGGAAGCAAAUAAAAACAAAUUAUCCGCAAAAAGCUUUGCAGAAAAACAUAGUCGCCUCAAAAUCUAUUACCGUAAGAAACGCUACUAUUACCCAGGGAAUAUACGAUACUAUAGGGAGUAGUUGCUAAAAUCUAAUUUCACCCUUUUUUCGGCAAAUAGUAUUCCAACUCCUGUCUAACAAGGAUGUGGAAAUGAUUCCCGGUAACCAUCAAAGACUCAAAAGAAGUUAUUCGUGGAACCGCAGAAUUGUAGAGAGUUCCAAUCAGAACCAAGUAAAAUGCCACCAGGCAUUAUUGUUGAUAAAAAUGAAGCCACAGAGGAAAAGAUUACUAUUGACAAUCCCGAAUCAGUUGUAAUUGGCCAGAUAAAUGGAGGAAACGAUCCGACUUUAGAAGCUUCAAGCCCAGCAGUUUGGGUUAUUACGAGUUCUGGAAGAUAUAAAAUCGAAGAAGAAAAAUGGAAUACGAAACGCAAACGAGGAAAUUAUUAUCAUGAAUAGUGGUCGGAGUCAGUCAGUAAAAGGAGAAACGAAAUGUUUAUCGAAAAUGAAAUUAAAGACCAGGACAUCCUAAUUCAGCACGAAUCACUCAUAAACGAACAGAGGCCAUGUAAGAAAGCGCCACAGGAAGCAAAUAAAAACAAAUUAUCCGCAAAAAGCUUUGCAGAAAAACACAGUCGCCUCAAAAUCUAUUACCGUAAGAAACGCUACUAUUACCCAGGGAAUAUACGAUACUAUAGGGAGUAGUUGCUAAAAUCUAAUUUCACCCUUUUUUCGGCAAAUAGUAUUCCAACUCCUGUCUAACAAGGAUGUGGAAAUGAUUCCCGGUAACCAUCAAAGACUCAAAAGAAGUUAUUCGUGGAACCGCAGAAUUGAAGAGAGUUCCAAUCAGAACCAAGUAAAAUGCCACCAGGCAUUAUUGUUGAUAAAAAUGAA